UAAUUAUGAAUGGGGAAGGAGAAAAAUAUUGGAGGGGGAAAGUGUCUUUUCAUCUCCCAUAUUCCCUCCCAAAAAAAUAGCAGCCCAUCCCUCUCCUCUGCAGAACUUGACGGUGGCCCUCUCCUCUGCAGAAAUCGAAGGCGGCCGGAAACCAUCGAGUUGCUCGUCGAUGGUGGGAUCGCCUUCGACCUGCCUGGUGGGUUGCUCUUCGUCGAAGGACGAGACACAAGGGAUGAAGAAGAACAUGAAGGGCAGCGGAGAACCCGCCGGAGAUGAAGAAGAACGUGAAGAAGAACACCUGGGGGGUUUCUCGUCGAUGAAGAACCCGUCGAAGAUGAAGAAGAACAUGAAGGGCGGCGACGAGUCGUUUCUUACCGCUCCCUGUUGUGAAGUGCAACCUUACAACGUCUGGGAGACGGUGACACUCCCGUGAGCAUGUACCACUGAUGUGGUACAAGUACCAGUGCAACUAUUCAAGCCAUACUUUCCACACCAAAAUGUGACCAUCCACUGUGUUAGAUAUAUUGCACCUAUACAAAAUUGAAACUCAUCCUAAAUGUUCCCAUUUCAGUGUUAGAUAGACUUUGGAGUGGUACCAUUGAAAUGAUACAUGUAGCACUAAACUUAUAUGCCAGUGAACUGAUACAUGUACCACUGAACAGAUAUAUGUACAACCAAUUCGAUACGUAAACAAACCAGCAACUUCCCAUUAGUAUCACCACUAAUCGUGGAGUAGAAUGUGUUAUAAAAAAAGAAAAAUGCCAACAAUAAUAAAAUAUCCAGCCAAUGCAACAAAUAAACAUGAAGUCACUAU